UGAGCUGAUACCUCUUAGAGCUGUAGGACCAUCUCUCAGGGCAAUGGAUCCUUGGGGACUCACCACUUCUGUCCUCCUGGCUUGUGUUCUUUUGCUGAUCUUCUUGUCUCUAUGGAACCAGAGACUCAAAAGUGGAAAGCUCCCACCAGGUCCUACUCCUCUUCCAUUGCUUGGCAAUAUCCUGCAAUUGGAUUUCAAGAACAUGAUUGCAUCAUUCUCGCAGCUGGCUGAAAAAUAUGGCCCCAUCUAUACUCUUUAUUUUGGAAGUCAGCGUAUUGUGGUGCUACAUGAUUAUAAAAUUAUGAAAGAAGCUUUAAUUGAUCAAGGAGAUGGUUUUGUAGACAGAGGAAAUAUUGCCAUAUUUGAUGAUAUAAUGAAAAGAAAAGGAAUUAUUUUCAAUGAUGGAGAGAGUUGGAAACAAAUCCGUAGAUUUUCCCUUAUGACCUUAAGGAACUUUGGGAUGGGAAAAAGAAGCAUUGAAGAAAGAGUUCAAGAAGAAGCCCAAUGUCUGGUGGAGGAACUCAGGAAAACAAAGAGUCAGCCCACUGAUCCCACUUUCAUCCUUGGCUGUGCCCCAUGCAAUGUGAUCUGUUCUAUCCUCUUCCGUGAUCGAUUCAAGUACAAUGAUGAAAAAUUUCUAUAUCUGAUGAAAUUGUUAAAUGAAAACUUUCAGCUCCUUAAUUCACGAUGGGCACAGCUCUACAACUUUUUACCGGGAUUCAGAGUGUAUCUCCCUGGAAAGCAUAAUAGAAUUUUUAAAAACGUGGAAGAACUGAAACAUUUUAUUUUGGAAAGAGUGAAAGAGCAUGAAAAAAUACUAGACCCCAACAAUCCUCAAGACUUCAUUGACUGCUACCUCUCCAAAAUACAGCAGGAAAAAGAUAAUCCCCACUCUGAAUUUGACUUAGAGAAUCUAAUAGUAGCUGGAGGAAACUUAUUUACGGCUGGAACAGAGACAACCAGCAGCACUCUAAGAUAUGGCCUGCUGCUCAUUCUGAAGCAUCCUGAGGUCCAAGCAAAAAUUCAUGAGGAAAUUGAUCAUGUGAUUGGACAUAAUCGAGCUCCUUCCAUAAAGGACAGACAAGAUAUGCCCUAUAUGGAUGCAGUGGUACACGAAGUGCAAAGAUUUGCUAACAUCCUACCUCUCAACCUGUCCCAUGCAGUGACUCGGGACAUCCAGUUGCAACAAUAUGUCCUCCCCAAGGGCACAACAAUCUUCCCACUUCUCUUCCCAAUGUUGUUUGACAGCAAAGAGUUUCCCAACCCUGAACGGUUUGACCCCCAACACUUCCUGGAUGAGAAUGGGAAAUUCAAAAAAAGUGACUACUUCAUGCCUUUUUCCAUUGGAAAAAGGUCUUGUCUUGGAGAGGGUCUGGCAAGAAUGGAGUUGUUUUUGUUCUUUACCACAAUUCUACAGAAAUUCACCCUCAAAUCAGCUGGAGAUCCAAAUGAAAUUAGCAUGAAGACCAAGCAGGUUGGGUUCAUCAACCUUCCACCAUUUUAUGAACUAUGCUUUCUUUCUCGCUAAAAAAAAGAAGACAAAAUUGAUUUGAAAACUUAGCCAGUUGGCAUUUCCUUAUAGAUCGAAAAUUCUCAUUUUUUUUGCUGGAAUCUCCUUGAGAGUGAGAAACAUUCUCACUUUUUGAUUAAAAUGGAUCUUAAUUUCCAAAGACAAGAGAAGCUAGUAGAAUACCUUGUAUGUCAUUACAUAAUAGGUGUUGUUUUAUAGACAUUCAUGUUCAAUCCCUCUCAUUAAUGCCUUCUGCCAUGCUCUAAUUCAUACUCUCUGUUCCAGUAUUAGGUUUUAGAGGAAGAUCGAUAAAAUAUCCUUCUAAAAUCCAUAUUAGUUCAUGCUUUUCAAAUAAUCUCAAGAUAAUCUUAUUUUGUAACAUACAGCUUUUCUUUAUAAAUUUGGAGUACAAUAAACAUGGUUAGAUUGCUAAUAACUCUA